GAUGCACAAUAAGUACUUUCAUGGAUGACUUCGUCCAUUUUUUUUUACAAGCCGCUUGAUGGUCCUAAAUUAGGCGUCUCCAAUCGCUUAAUCAUGCGAAACGGGGAAACUAUUCCACAGUUGGGCUUUGGCACGUAUCGACUGCAUCAGAGUGAGGUUGAAGCUGCAAUCACCUAUGCUAUUAGUUGCGGGUUUCGUCACAUUGAUUGCGCUAAGGCCUACUUCAACCAAAAAGAAGUCGGUAUUGCGUUACAAAAAGGCUUCAAAAAUAUGCUUGCUAAACGAGAAGAUAUGUUUAUAACGUCCAAGUUGUGGUCCACGGAUCAACAUCCCGAUAAUGUUGAAUCAGCCUGCCGUGAAACUCUAAAGGAGCUACAGCUAGACUAUCUGGACUUGUACCUUAUCCACUGGCCAGUGUGCUGGAGAUAUUCCCCUAAGUUCAAAACAGAGGACGACAAAUACCCUAAAAAUUCAGAUGGGUCGCCAGCCAUAGUCGAAAAUGUGAGUCUUUCGGAUACGUGGAAAGCGAUGAGUGAAUUGGUAGAUAAGGGUAUCGUGCACUCCAUUGGGUUGUCUAAUUGUAAUGAGAAACAUUUGAAGGAGGUAAUGAAGCAAGACUCGCUUAACGCACCUGUCCUGAAUCAAAUAGAGUUCCACCCUGCCCUAGUAGACCAUGGCUUGGUGGCCUGCAACAAGAGGAAUAAUCUACUUACCGCUGCGUACUGCCCACUCGGUAUGGCGACGCGCACUACUCCCCCAGAAUUUGUUCCUCUACCGAAUGAAGCGACAAUUAAGCGGCUUGCUGAGCGGUCUGGAUUUUCACCUCAACGCCUGCUGCUCAAUUGGAACUUGGAUCAUAGUAAUGUUGUAAUUGUCAAGUCAAGUAAAGAAGAACACAUUAAGUCUAAUUCUAUGGCAGCAAGGUUUGCACUUAGUGAUGCUACUAGACUUGUUUUAGAUGGCUACCAAGAAAGUAUAGCGAAAUUUCGGGUGAUGAAUCCAAAAAAUUUUACUCAACUCGGAAAGUCAUUCUUUACAUAGUUCAUAUUAUUACGCCGCAAAAAUUAUAUUAAAAAAUUAUCGAGGAUUGCGCUUCCAUAUCAGAGAAUAUCAAAUGAUAAUGCAGUGCUUCAACAAUAUUGUCUAGGGAUUUCAUUAAA